CUCGCGUCUGUGUGUAUGUGCCGGCGCGUUCCCGCCGAGCCCGCCCUCCGCAUCGUCGUCUCCACCUGGAACGUCGCUCAGACCGCUCCUCCGGCGGAGGGCCUCGGCGAGUGGCUCGGCGCGGGCGCGGGCGCAGACAUCCACGCCGUGGCGCUGCAGGAGGUGGUCGAGCUCGACUCGGCGCUCUCGUACUGCCGAUGCUGCGCGGGAGGCGGGCUGAGCCGGCAGGCCGCCGCGUGGGAGGCGGCCGUCAGCGCCGAGCUCGGCUCGCUCGAGCGGGUCGCCAGCCUGCAGCUGGUCGGGAUGGUGCUGCUUGUGUACGUCUCUCCGUCCCUCGCGCCGCACGUGGCGGUGGAGGCGCAGCUGGCGGGGACGGGGCCGCUGCGCUUUGGCAACAAGGGCGCGGUGGCGGCGACCCUCCUCUUCAAGGGCUCGAGCCUCACUUUCCUCUGCUGCCACCUCGCCGCCGGGAAGAAGGGGCCGCACCGGAGGAACGCAGAGUUCCACGAAGUGAUGCGGCGGCUGCGGCUGGGCGUGCUCGACCAGCGGCGGGAGGGCGGCGCGAUCAGCACCGACCCCGCCCUGUCUGGCCGCCAGCUCCUCGUCUGGUGCGGCGACCUCAACUAUCGCCUCUCGCUGCCAAACGAGGAGGCCCGAUCCCUCGCCGCCGCCGGCCGCCACGCAGAGAUGCUUCAGGCGGACGAGCUGCUCGCCUCCCGCGAGGGUGCGCACGCCUUCGAAGGCUUCGCCGAGGCUUCGAUCCACUUCGCGCCGACGUACAAGUUCGACCGCGGCACAGACACUCUCGACUCGUCCAAGAAGCGGCGCGCGCAGCUGGCGAGGUGCGGCCCGUGGAGGGGAGGUGCCCCCCCCCCCCCCCCAAAGGCGUACAUGGCCCACCCACAGCUGCAGACCUCGGACCACCGCCCGGUCAGCGCGACCCUCUCCCUCGCACUCCUUCCCUUCGACCCGGCCCUCGCGCCGGAGUUGCGUGGCACGACUGACGCGCCGCUCGCGCAGUGGUUGCUCGAGACGCUCGGCUGCGCCUCGGUGGCGACCUGCCUGCGCCCGGGGGACGGAGGCAGCUACGAGCGGCUCGACGACCAGUCGCACCGCGAGCAGGGCGUGCGCUACCCAGUGGGGUACGACCCAAAGCAGCUGGCCGGCCUUGCGAGGAGGUACGGAGACCUGCCGACACCGCACGUGUUGUAACACACAAUUGCGUUGUGAUGUUGUGGUCCAACGCGUGAGCCGACCGUACAUCGCUUACAUGAUCGUUAACGGUGUAUGAGCUCUAUAGACUAUAUUAGACUAUAUAGUGCACUGUGGUGUGCACUCUUAAAUAAACAUAUGGCGUAACCAGCCGUAAGUUGCGAGCGAGACG